AUGGAGGAGAGGCUUGGAGACAGAGAAAAAGUGGCAGCAGUACUAGAGGGGCGGCAGCGGGGAAAGAGUGAUGUUCAUGGUGGAGAAUUUUUUGGGGUGCAAUGCUGGAGAAAUAGCCAGGAAAAGAGGCCAGAUUAUAAUCUUCGUCCUUUAAAUUUAACUGAAUCCUUUAUAAAUCACGAAAAUAUAAGAAGGGAUAGCGUUGGAGGCUCAAGUAUGCAAGAAGAGUCUCUAACUCCUAGGUUAGGUGCUGAAUCUCAAUCUUCUCAAAAUGGAGCCGACUCAGAGGAGACCAGUAAUCAAGCCAACAACAAAAAAAUUAAGUUGAAGUGCAGCCAUAUAAAAGAUGUUGAUUUAUGUAAAAGUUGGAUUACCAUUUCGAAGGAUCCAAUAAAAGGAAACGACCAAACUAAGGAAUUGUAUUGGAAGAAUAUCGUUGAAUACUACAACACGUGGAAACGAGAAGAUCCAGUUGUACCCGUUGAUAAAGCUUCUAACCACUGGUUCAAAAUGAGUGUUGAUGUUAAUAGGUUUAAUAGAUGCUACAUAAUGGUAAAAGAUCGUCAUACGAGCGGCCAUAAUGAAGAUGAUGUUAUUAACAAGGCGUUGGAGCUUUAUACAAGUCGUAAUGAAAAGAAAAAUAAAAGUUUUCUUAUCUACAUGCUUGGUCAGAAGACAGCUAAAGAAGCAGAAAGAAACAGGAUCCAUAAGAAGGAUGAUGAAAUUGUUUCUGAUACAUGGACUAAAUUUGAAGACUUAGCUAACAAGAGACUAUCACUAAUAGAGGACCACAUCCGCCAAAGUGAUUACGAGUUAUUAUGCAAGGAUACUUCGAACAUGGAUGAACGAGUUAUGAAAAAUCAACAAGUAUGUGAAAGGUUAAGAGCGAAGUAUGGAAUGUCUUAA